CACCCGACCGCCAGUCGUUUUUUCUCUCUCAACCGCAAAGCCAAACACCAAGCUCUACACAGCCACCGACAACGUCUGCGGAAAGGACCUUUUCUCGCCAGCUAUGGCCCCUCUCAACUGCAAUACGUCAAUAAUCGAUAGGAAGGCCGAAGAAUCAAAGACGGAACCAGAGACUACAAAACUAACGAAAGAAGAACUUCUCAAAGAACUUCAUAGCAAUUAUUAUUUUUAUUUGUUCCAGGGCCCUUACAUUCCCAAGGAGAGCAAGCCUAAAGAAUCACAGCCUAAAGAAGAAUCAGAGCAUGAAGAAUCAGAGAAUGAAGAAUCAGAGAAUUAUGAAUCAGAGACUGAUGAAUCAGAGGAUGAAGAAAUUGGUGAAUGUAAGUAUUGUUUAAAGGUGGGUGACCACCAUACAGAACUAUGCUCUUACAUUGAUGAGGUCCCAGAGAACGCAAUUGUUGGUGAGAGUUGUGUGGUUACAUGUCUUGUAUGUGGCUGCUUCUUUAGAGACUCACGUUGUGCUAAUUGUGGCAUAACCCUAGGACGUGCACUCUUCAAGGAUUGUUUAAUAUGUGGGAAGCGAGGUGAACACAUGGAAUUUGAGUGCCCGGAACUCGAGCCGAAUCCUGAUUUUUCUUUCGACCCUUAUGUUCCUUCUAUUAUAGUCUAUAAUCGCCCUUAAUUGUAAACUAGAGUUGAAGCAAGGGAGAAAGAAGUGUUUUUUUUAUAUGUCGUUUGCCAUAAAUACCAUGCAUCCUAAUCUUUUGAUGUCUACAUCGUGUAUUGUUUUUGUCACAAAUGAAUUGCAAUUUGCAU